AUGGACUCAGUACAAGAUUUAAUCGCUGCAGGCGAGAGGUUAGGUUAUGAAAAAGAAGAGUUAAGAAAUUAUGUUACAGAACAACAGAAAUUACAGCGUGAAGAGAGAGCAGCGGCUCGACAGAGAGAAAAAGAAGAACGAGAAUAUCAGCUAGAGAUGGAACGCAUGUAUCAUGAGAUGAAGAUGAAGCAGCUACAAGAGGAACACGAAUUAGAACUAGCAAACAAAAGUGCACAAGGUAAGGUUAGUGAUGUUAUGGUAAAACCUAGUGUACCGAAAAUUCCUCCUUUUGACGAAAACAAAGACGAAAUUGACAGCUAUUUGAGAAGGUUUGAGAGGUUUGCGACAGCCAUGAAUUGGGAAAAGACUUUAUGGUCGACACACCUCAGUGCUUUAUUGAAAGGGCGAGCUCUAGAUGUAUAUGCUCUUAUGUCCACGGCAAAAGUAAGUGACUACGAUGAACUUAAAGCAGCUUUACUACGUAGGUACGAAAUGACAGAGGAUGGUUUUAAAAAGAAAUUUCGUUCUUGUAGACCUGAAGUUGGGGAAACAUUUUCUCAAUUCACUGUUAGACUUGCUUCUUACUUGACUCGGUGGGUCGAAAUGUCCAAAAUUACUUGUUCAUUUGAGGCUCUUUUCGAUCUUAUGCUUAGAGAUCAAAUGUUACAUGUGUGUAAUUUUGAAUUGACUGUAUUUCUGAAGCAGAAUGUUCCAAAGACAGCAGAUCAAAUUAGUAUGUUAGCUGAUCAGUUUAGGGAAGCCAGAAAUACUAGUGCUAUCAAUUUGUGUUCAAAGGCAGUGAACAAACCUGAGGUAAGUAAGGUACCAGAAAAACCCAAAGAUGUACGUCAGCAUCAGCAACAGAAGCCAAGGUUUGUUCCAAACAAUGAAAGAAAAUGUUUUGUGUGUAACAAAUAUGGUCACAUUGCACCCCAGUGCAGAUUUAAAAGUAAAAACUCAAGUGCAGCAGUGUGCAAGGACGAACGUGGGAAAGAUCAAGCAAAUGGUAGUAAUGCAAAUCCAAGUAACUGCGCAGCGCUGAUUUAUAGUCAAAACCCGUCUAUUUAUAGUCAGGUGAGUGACCAUACAACCGUUUUAACAUCGGCAUGUCAUUCUACAGCGAAACCAAUGCCUCUUUCAGCUGGUUACGUUGAGGGUCAUCCAGUUACCUUACUGAGAGAUUCAGGAUGUCGAAACAUUGUAGUGCGCAAGAGUCUGGUAAAAGAGGAAAACUUUACAGGUAGACAAGAAACGUGUGUUUUGGCAGACAACACAAGAAUAGUAGUCCCAGUGGCAAAUGUUGUCAUUGAUUCUCCAUAUGUAUCAGGUGAGUAUGAAUGUUGGUGUAUGGAAAAUCCUGUCUUUGAUCUGAUUAUAGGUGAAGUAGAGAAUGCGAGGAAACCUCAUGAUCCGGAUCCAGAAUGGAAACCCAACACUAUUACAGCGGUAGAAACAAGACAACAGGUAAAAGAAAAACAGAAAAAGUAUAAACCACUUAAAGUGCCAGAUAUUGUCAAAGAUGAAAUCAACCCAGAUGACAUAUUGCGAGAACAGCAGUCAGAUCCAUCACUCGAAACAGCACGCAGAUAUGCACAGGAAGGUCGUACUUCACGUGAUGGUAAGGUCAAAUGGUUUGAAAAGAAUGGUCUUCUGUACAGGGAAUAUGUGUCAGCAGAAAAGGACGGUGGUAAGACCUAUUCUCAACUUAUAGUCCCAUCAAAGUUUCGUCAUAUUGUAAUGAAAUUAGCCCAUGAAUCGAUCAUGUCUGGCCAUUUAGCGAUUAGUAGAACAAUUUCUAGGAUUUUGUCAGAGUUCUUUUGGCCAGGAAUGCAGUCGGAGAUAAAACGAUUUUGUAGGUCAUGUGAUACAUGUCAAAGAACGGUGUCUAAGGGUACGGUAACUAAAGUUCCUUUAGGUAGAAUGCCUUUAAUAGACGUGCCUUUUAAAAGGGUUGCUGUAGACAUUGUAGGUCCACUGCACCCCCCAACUGAAAAAGGUAAUCGUUUUAUUUUGACUUUAGUCGAUUACGCCACAAGGUUUCCACAAGCGAAGGCGCUUCCAGGAAUAGACACAGAGCGGGUUGCUGAGGCCUUACUUGAGAUGUUCUCCUAUACAGGUAUUCCAGAGGAAAUAUUAACAGACAUGGGAAGUCAAUUUACUUCCGGACUCAUGAAAGAGGUGAGUAGACUCAUUUCGUUGAAACAGUUAACAACUACUCCGUAUCACCCUAUGUGCAACGGGUUAGUUGAACGGUUUAACGGCACCUUUAAGCAAAUGCUUAAACGUAUGUGUAUUGAUAGACCAAAAGAUUGGGAUAAAUAUCUACCCACUGUGCUUUUUGCCUAUCGUGAGGUGCCCCAGGAAAGUUUGGGUUUUGCUCCCUUUGAGUUGUUAUAUGGUCGUACAGUGAGAGGACCCAUGACGAUCCUGAAAGAACUAUGGACGAAAGAAAUUCCAGAUCAACAGGUAAAGUCUACCUACCAGUACAUUUUAGAUCUCCGCGAGCGAUUGGAGUCAACUUGGGAGUUGGCACAGGAGAAUCUUAAGAGGGCGUCACAAAGACACAAAGUGUACUUUGACAAGAAGGCUAGAGUACGAAAUAUGAAACCAGGUGAGAAAGUUUUGGUUUUGUUGCCUUCUGAUAGUAAUAAGCUCCUUAUGCAAUGGCAAGGCCCUUAUCAAAUUGUGAAAAAGAUGGGUAAAGUAGACUAUCAGUUAGAUGUGAAGGGAAAAGUUAAGACCUAUCACGCAAACAUGUUAAAAAGAUAUGUAGAACGUUGUGAACCAGUUGUUCAAUGUGUUAUGUCAGUUGUAGAUUCAGAACAGAUUCAGUUUGAUGAACCAGUUGGUGAGUAUGAUGAAGAAGCAGAGUUCGUACACGUACAGUCUCGAGAAUCCUACAAAGAUGUAGAUGUGAAUCCUGAUCUCAACAGAGAGGAGAGAGAAACUCUUAUGGAUCUUUUACACAGGUAUAGUGAUGUUUUAACAGAUGUACCAGGCCACACGCAUGUGCUUGAACAUGAAAUCAGGACAACGACGGAUAAACCUGUGAGAGUAAGUCCGAGACAAAUCCCUUUUGCUAUGAUGGAGACGGUGAAAGAUGAGGUACGUAAAAUGUUAGAAAUCGGGGUAAUAGAAUAUUCGGAAAGCCCAUAUUCAUCCCCAAUAGUCCUUGUUGCAAAGAAGGACAACACAUAUCGGUUUUGCGUCGAUUUUAGAGCUCUGAAUCGCAUUACUGUGUUUCAUGCGGAGCCUAUGCCUGAUGUAGACGCAAUGUUUGCUAAAUUAUCAGGCCAUAAAUACUUCUCACGGUUAGAUUUGUCAAAGGGGUACUGGCAAGUGCCAUUGUCUGAUUCUGCCCGUCCAAUGACAGCUUUUCAGACUCCCCAAGGUCUUUUCCAGUUCACCAAAAUGCCGUUCGGGCUGGUUACAGCUCCGGCUACUUUUUGUCGUCUCAUGCGCGAGGUGCUCAACAACGUGUCUAAUGUUGACAAUUUCAUAGAUGAUAUUUUGAUAUUUACUCAUACUUUUGAUCAACAUAUCUCUGUGCUUUCUCAGGUUUUACAGCGUCUCCGUGCAGCAAGUCUCACCGCCAGACCAAUGAAAUGUUCUUUAGCUUAUCGGAAACUGGAGUGUUUGGGCCAUAUCAUAGGCGAUGACAAAGUACAUCCUCAUCCAGAUAAAGUGUCGGCUAUACAACAGGCGAACCAUCCUACGACGAAAAAACAACUGCGAUCUUUUCUAGGACUGGUAAAUUUUUACAGAAAGUUUAUCCCGAAUUUUGCCCAUAUAGCUCUUCCAUUAACAGACCUCACAAGAAAGUUCUCUCCUAGUAAACUUCAGUGGACAGAAGCUCAGGAAUUAGAAUUUCAAAAUUUAAAAGCAUCUAUUAUACAAUCUCCGAUUUUGAAAUUACCGGAUCUUUCCAAGGUUUUCAUCGUACAGACUGACGCAUCUGACAGAGGUAUAGGAGCAGUACUUUUACAGGAAGAAGGUGAAUUCAAACUCCCUGUUGCCUAUGCCAGCCGCAAACUAAAACCAAGUGAAGAACACUACUCAACGACAGAAAAGGAAUGUUUGGGUAUCAUUUGGUCAGUGCAAAAGUUUCACAGGUAUCUCUAUGGCAAAGAGUUUAUUUUAGAGACAGAUCACCAUCCGCUGGUAUAUUUGAAUAAGACGAAGUUAGUGAACUCCAGACUAAUGAGAUGGGCAUUGUCACUUCAGCCGUACCGAUUCCGCAUCAGGGCUAUCAGAGGGAAGGACAAUGUAGGAGCGGAUUAUUUAAGCAGACAGUAA